UAAGUCCAGAAACAGAAACAGAAGCCUAAGGAUGUCUCGACCAUCAAACUUCUAUCUAAUUGCUUACAAUUCUCUUCAAGCUCUUGGAUGGGCAGUUUCUCUAUCAAGGAUUUUGAACAGCUUUGUCUCAACUAAGUCUUUAAAUGGAGCUUACACCUUUGCCGGAGAUCUUAUUUGUUUUUUGCAAACACUAUCUUUUAUGGAAGUUUUACAUGGUGCCAUUGGUCUUGUUCCAAGUGGGGUGUUGCUUCCUCUAAUGCAAUGGGGAGGAAGGACUCAUUUUCUACUAGCAAUUGUUCGUAGACUUGAUGAGGUUCAAGAGCUUCCAUCUAUUUUCAUAACUUUUUUUGCGUGGAGCAUAAGUGAUAUAAUCAGAUACUCGCAUUAUGCCUCAAACUGCGCAGGAUUUAGUCCAUUUUGGAUCACUUACCUCAGGUAUACAGCAUUCAUUGUAUUGUAUCCUCUUGGUAUGGCCAUUGGAGAAAUGUGGAUUAUGUACCAAGCACUUCCACUCAUAAAGGAGAAAAAUCUCUAUGCUGAUUUCUUUAAUCGAUUCCCCUUCAACUACUACUCCUUUGUGAUGGCUGUGCUUGUAUGCUACCCAUUUUUGUGGCUGAAGCUGUACCUCCAUUUAUUUAAGCAACGCCGGUCGAAACUGGGGAAGCGCCAUUCUAAGAAGAAAAAUUGAGGGUGUGGCAUAGUUUAUUUUAGCAAUUGAUAUUUAAUUGUCCAUCUAGAGAGUCCGAAUUUCUCUCCAUUCGAAGAGGGGAAAAAAGCUGGUUCUGGAGUGUUCGUUUCUGUUUGAUUGAUUAUAUGUAGCCUAUGUAAGAACCUCCUCUAGCAUAGAGGUAAGAACUAUGAAAUGUGUUACAGUAACAUCCAUAAACACUAUUAGUUGAAACAACAAUACAGCUGUUUUUUGGAUAAUUGAGAUCAAUUAUCUUGUAUAUGUAGAGCUACUUCGAUGUUUCCCCUCUUUA